AUGGGGCAAGCUCAGUCCGAUACUGGUGGGAAACAGGUUACUACUGAGCAGGUGAGCCACGAGCUGGCUCUGUUGUUCGCAAAAAAGUGUUUCACUCCUCUCGAACUGUAUUCCUUCCAAGAUGUCUUCAAAAGCCUUGCAGAGCGCCAGGACUCAAUGGCAUAUCUCAAGGAGGAUACCCUCGCACGAUUCCUAGAGAUCCCCGACAUCCUCGGCGUCUCCUCCGUGAUCUUUCAGAUGGUAUCAUAUCUAGGCGCAUUCCCGUUUGGCCAAGAUGCGCCGGUCAUAUUGGGAUUUGAGCAGAUGGUCAUGGUCGUUGUGAUAAUGACGGAGAGAUACCAGCGAGUACUGAAGAAAGGGCAUCGGGAUCGAGCGAAGCUGUUAUUUCGCAGUCUUGCUGUUUGGGAUCGAAAAGAACCUAGCGGUAAAUCAGAGAAAGCUGGAAAAGGCCCCGCUUUAGAGCUGAAUACUGUGCAAGGCGAGGCUCAUCGAAGCCAUGUCGCUGGCUUCGCAGUUGAUGAGCCCACCAACGAUGACGAGGAGGACGAUGAUGAUCAUGACUUGGCUCUAGCAGCGCUAGAGUCUCUUGACGCAGUUGAGGUGUUCAACCACGGAGGCCCUCCCAUCGCCCAAGCCUCUAUACCAUCUGACAAUCUUAAGAAGCUAAUUAUGCUUCUUCUAUUCAUUGCCCCUCUCGAUCCCCAAGAGAGUCUUUCCCGCCAUGUAGGGAGAUUGACUGGUGAGCACUUGGGAGGCCUCCGCAAGACCGCGGAGAACAUUUUAGCUGCGUUUGUGAACGUGGAAAAGUCCCCCGGCGUCAAAAUACGUCAAUUUAAUACUGUGAUAUCCAUCUCCUUUCCAUAUCUUUUCAAUGGCUUCAAUUCCUUAUUUGAGCACUUUUUAUUUUCCAAAGAUCUCGAUUUUACAAAGCGGAAGGAUAAAUUAACGGCUCCACCAUCAGAAGUGGAUCGACUGCUGGACCAGCCGCUUCUGUCGCAGGAGGGGGAAAUCCUAGAUCUAAACGUUCUAUGUCAACUAUCGUUCUUCAUCCCUGGCGAGAAGCUAUUUCGGCGGCUCCGUCUUCUGUACUCCGGUACUGAUGCUGGCUUCUCUUUGGGAGGGUUUGAAACCAAAGUCUUCAAUUGGCGAGCACCAACCAUACUUCUGGUGGCAGGGAACCGGAUCUCAGAUCCUCCAGAAGGUGGCCAAGAACGAGCAUUUUCAGACACACUACCUGCAAAGCGCUUUCCAGACAGCAGCAAGUCCGAACACUUCGCCUUUGGGAUAUAUCUCGCCCAGCCUUGGCGUCAAACUCACAAAGAAUGCUUCGGUGAUGCCGAAACAUUACUAUUCCAACUGGAGCCUGUACAUGAAGUCUUCCACGCCUCAACUAUAAAUACAGAUUAUGUCUCCUUCACGAAACCCCCUUACGCCCACGCUGGCAUUGCAUUUGGAUGCCCUCAUCCGAAGCCCAAGCAGACAUCCGGCCUCGCACCGCAUAUAAACCUCGGCGCUGUCUCUUUGGUGCUCGAUUCCUCAUUCGAAUUUGGCGUUUUCACCCACAACUACACUUCUGGCGGCGGGGCGUUCCAUAAUUCGAGCACCAGGAAAUAUGAUUUUCAAGAUAGGUUUGAGAUUGAGAGUUUGGAGGUUUGGGGUUGUGGCGGAGAUGCAGAGGCUGAGCACCAAAGACAACUAUGGGCAUGGGAGGAGAGAGAAGCAGAGGCGAGGAGAAAAAUCAAUUUGGGUUCUGGGGAUAUUGAAGCUGAUAGGGCCUUACUGGAGAUGGCGGGACUUAUUGGGGGAGAUCGGAGUGGUGGGUCAAUGAAUUAG